AUGGUUUGGAGUGCGGGGUUAGGCUGGGUAAGCUCCCCCUCGCUCUUCAACCUAUAUGUAAAUGAUCUCAUUGUUGGGUUCAGCGGCAUGCGCGUCGGUUGCCGCGUGGAUGGUGUUUGUGUUAACAACAUCAUCUACGCGGACGAUAUGGUGCUGCUGGGUCCGACAGCGAGGUCGGUCGAAGAGAUGCUGAAGGUCUGUGCUGACUACGCUGCUUCUCAUAGUCUCCGCUAUAAUGCCGCCUGUCAUUACGUUACCGACGACCUUAAGGACAAUGCCGAUAUUGAAAGAGAGCGUAAGGCUCUAGCGGUAAGAGUAUGGCGACCAGUGGAUGGUGCCCAGAAUGGGACAGUCGAGCUCAUCAGUUCACAGAUAACCCGGCUCUCUAACACCACUCUAUUGGACGCGGGGUUCGAUCUAGACCUCAUAGAACAUAUAUCUAUAGUAAAUGCAAAAUACUUAGCUCACAUUGACGUAGAUCAUUUACAACAGAUGCCGAAUCUCCAAACAUUCUACAUAAGUCAAGCUCCCCGACUGGAGAGGAUCGACAAACUCCCUCCGUUGCCAAGCCUUCGCGCAUUCGUGGUGCUAACGUCAGGAUUAACGGUGGUACCAGACCUAAGCCACGUUCACAAGUCAUGCAAGGGCUGCAUAUUGCAGCGUGUGGAUUUUGAAGGCAACCACAUACGUCAUUUGCCGAAACAUGCUCUACGCCUAAACGCGGAUCAAGUGUCGCUAAAUCUAAAUUUGAUUGAGGAAGUACCAGCGCAUGCUUUUAAACAAGCAAAUAUUAGUAAGUUAAGUUUCCGAGGUAACGAGAAGUUGAAAAUACUCGACGAGCACGCUUUUGCUGGCAUAAUCUUCUUAAAACAGUUAGAUCUAUCAAAUACAGCCAUAACAACGCUGCCAAAAGCUGGUCUUGAAACUCUGGAGAUACUCAGAAUUGAAAACACGCCUUCGUUGAAAUACAUUCCGUCUACUUACAAUAUGCAGAACCUGCAGACGGCAAUUUUAACACAUCACUUCCAUUGCUGUGCGUUCAACUACCCAGAAAUCCAUGACCCAGAGGGACAUGAACAUUACAUUGAGAAAUAUAAAAUGAUGAAAGAGGCAUGUGAAAAAAACAAUGAAAAGAUGAAAGAAAGCCAGCGCGUUGCGAUGUUGAAACGACAACGACGUUCUUUAGAGCCUAUUAGGGCAAUAUCAUAUUACAAACAUGGAACUGAAGUCAGUCAACGCUACAAUGCAGAAGAUAUAGCGACUACAGUUGAAGGUUCUCCUUCAGAAUCUUCCGAAGAAUACGACUUCCAAUACCCUGAUUACGCGGAUGACAAUUUCCUCGAGAGCGCUGUUAACAGCACUAACGUCUAUUCUGUGGCAGAUUGUACGAUUACUGGCAAGCGCCCGAAAAUAAAUUGCACACCCGUACCAGACGCGUUAAACCCCUGCGAAGAUGUUAUGGGAUGGACAUGGCUACGGAUCUGCGUGUGGAUUGUCAUAAGUGCUUCUGUCGUCGGCAAUAUCGCUGUUUUAGUAGUUCUGCUAACCAAUCAUUCUGAACUCAAUGUUGCUAGAUUCCUUAUGUGCCAUCUUGCAUUCUCAGAUCUCUGUACAGGAAUUUACCUUUUUAUAUUAGCCGUUGUAGAUCUAAAAUCGUUCGGAGAGUUCUUUAAUUACGCUUUCGAUUGGCAAUACGGUGUGGGCUGUAAAAUAGCUGGAUUCUUGUCUGUUUUCUCUGGACAAUUGUCAGUAUUCACGCUAACUAUAGUAACGUUCGACAGAUUGUUCGCCAUAAAGUAUGCAAUUUAUUUGGAGAGACGAAUAUCUCGUAUGGCUGCUGUAAAAAUAAUGAUCGGGGGUUGGUUAUUUUCAAUACUAAUGGCAGGGUUGCCUUUGAUUGGCGUUUCAGAUUAUUCUUCAACGUCAAUUUGUCUGCCAGUAGAGAGCGAUAACAUUGGAGUUAAAGUAUAUCAGGGAUCAUUGUUCAUGACCACCGCUGUGGCUUGGGUGUUGAUAGUAAUCUGCUAUGUGCAGAUUUACAGAUCUUUGGGAGUGGGCUGUGAAAAGUAUGGUGGGAGAGGAUCAGCGGCAGCAGCCGAGAGGAAAAUAGCGAAUAAAAUGGCAUUACUUAUAGGCACAGAUUUGAUGUGUUGGGCGCCAGUUGCGUUUUUUGGCGUGACUGCGUUGGCGGGCGCACCUCUUGUAGAUGUCAGUCACGGGAAAGUUUUGUUGGUGUUCUUCUAUCCACUGAACGCUUGCGCGAACCCGUUCCUAUACGCUAUACUGACAAAACAGUACAGAAGUGACUUAAUAAAGCUGAUCGCGCGAACUGACAUGUGCAACUGGCUGGUUCAGAAAUAUAAAUUAGCAGCCACUCCGCCCCCCACCGCGCAAACAAACCCCUCUGCCCCCGCGUUGCUCCCGUUGGUGGAGUAUCAAAGAGAACAAUCGCAGAUUAGCAAGAAUGGAGAAGCAAUGCUUUAA